AUGGAAGCCUCACGGCCAGCACUCAGGCCUCUUCCCAUUAUUCACCUCAACGGUUUCCCAGGUACCGGCAAGCUCACCAUCGCCAGCGCCCUACAGAAGCAGCUCGGGUCAUGCUGUCGCCUGGUGCACAAUCACCUCCUCAUCAACCCUGCCGACGCGGUGCUGCAUCGCUCUGAGGCCGGCUACCAGGACUUGCGGCGGGCCAUCCGCGGAGUCAUUUUCACGUCCCUUGUCGAGAGCCCACCCAGUCACCGCAUUGCUUACAUCUUCACCGACUUCCAAUCCAGUGAUGAGGUGGGAAGCGCAGCGUGCGCCGAGUAUCUGGCGGCUGCGCGUGCCCGUGGUGCUGCGCUGGUCUCGGUCGUCGUCAGCUGCGAUGAGGCAACCAACCUCGCACGGUUGCAGUCUGCUGAUCGUGAAGCCCAUCGCAAGAUCGUCGACCCGGAGCUCUUACACAUGUUUCGUAAUGGCGUUCAAAUUCAUCGAUUUGAUGUAUCAGAGUCGACGAGUCUUGAGGUGGACGUUUCCAAGUUGGCUCCUGCUGAAGCUGCGACGCGUAUUCUGGAGCAUGUGCUCAAAAUCUGCCCCGAGGUUCAAAGAGAAAUGGCAUCGAUCGAUCGUUCAUGA